AUGUCUUCACAGCGCGAAGUCUAUACCCCCCCUCCUCAGACGCCUCCCUCUCAGACAUCGACUACGAAGUUUCGGCCCAAACGGGCCUACAACCGACCCUCCAUACGCGAUGCCUUUCCAGACGCUGCCGCGGAUGCGCGAGCUAGCGACUCUGGCGAUGACCGAGAUCCCCACGAUCUUUCCCUGUCUCCCCAGCAUGCGGCUCGUACAUCGAUCGUCGAUAAUAUGCUCCUCUCACUCGACCAAUUUGGCGCCGCCGAACCCUCGUUUCUAGACGACUAUCGUCUCUACAACUCGGCCUUUGAGAACGAAACGAAUGGCCGGUAUCGGGGUCACACCUUCUCUUCCUCUUCGGUGUCUUCUGAAGCGGAGUAUGGAUUUGAGGAUGGCAGUGGCCGCUAUGCAACGAUAACGGCUACCAAAGGCCGUCGAAGCAACAGCAGCUCAAAUUAUCAGUCGGCAACAGCGCCGAGGAGAAUGAGCAGUGCACGUAGUCGGGACGCCAUGAGCUCUCGGGGUGGAACAAUGCCCAGGGCCGGCGACGUCCGCAAAGGCAGUAAGGGCAGUUCUACUGAUUAUUCUUACACGAUGCCCAGAAGGCGAGCCGACUCCGGAGGUGUGAGUCGACAUUCGGAAAGUUUCGAUUGCGGCCCUCAGAAGUAUAGCCAUUGGAACGAACCCAAUAUAGCCCAGGAUUCCCUUUUUGAUGACGACGAUGCGGCGCCCACCCCAAGCGUGCCAGCAGGCCCGCGAAAGGUCCCUGACUAUAACAGGACUUCGACUGCAGCAGCACUAAAGACACCCGUGGCAUCGCGCCGAAACAGCAUGAAAUCGAAUCAUGCGCCUCCGUCACAGGCGCGAAAGGGUCGCCCAGAUAACAUUGGCACCGGGGCUCUCAAGAUGCGAGACACGAACAAUCAUCUGCACGAUGACACGGAUCUCGAUACCCCUCCAGCGAUUGCGGCAUCGUUAGAUUCGCCUGCUCCGAGCCCAACUAUUUCCUAUAACAAGCCGGCCUUUCCCCAGCCGGAACCGAAUGCAACGAUUACGACUACCACGAUCACCGCCAACGUUGCAAACGUAGGCUCAACUGCAAGCUCUAAAGAACGCCCAGGAUUCUUCCGUCGUGUGUUUGGUGCAGGCAAAGCCGCUUCACCGGGCCCAGCAGAGCCCGGCUCGAACAUGAAUGACCUGUCUUACCUGCAAGAUAACGAGAUCAAGGAUGCGACUGGGGCCACUGCCAACCUGAAGCUGCGAAAGGAGCCCCCCAAGAGCUCGGCCGGUACCCCGACUAAACGCGACGGGCCUCAGCAAGUGAUCAAGCAAAAGUCCUCCUUCUUCCGCCGGCGUAAGAAGUCCGUGACGGAUAGUAGUGUUCCGCCGCCUAUUAUCCUACCGCAAGAGGCCACACCCCACAUGGUGGAUUCCAUGAAGCCUCAACCAAGUCCAGUGAGCAGUCUGCGGCAGGUCAUGAAUCCAUAUCUUGAUAGGGCUCCUGGUCAUCAGAGUGAGGAAGUCAAAGAAAGGCUUGAUGGACAGACACCGUUUCACGAAACUACAUUACUGCAGGCCGAAAGGCCAAGAGAAAGUGUCUCGGCUCCUGGUGGAAACGGGAACCAAAAGGCUGUACAGCAAACCCUGCAGCCUCCCAGUACUGGCCGGCUGCAGGAUCAUUCGCCGGCAGAUCGGCGUGGCACUAAUGAACAGAUCCCAGGAGCGGGACAGGUGGAGCGAACGUCAUCUACCGAGUGCCCCUUGCAGGAGAAGAGCCCAAAUGCUGCCCCCGUUGCCCUGUCACCUGUCGCUGAAGAUUCCCCUCGCCAACUCACAGUAUCGACACAAACUGUGUCCACUGAUGCUUCUCGUGAGAGCUUGGCUGGGACUGUCAAGUUGGAAAUCCCCUCGGAUAGCAACGUUCCUGGAUCACCUGCUGCAUCGGAAGCUUCUCACUAUCAAACUGCAUCCAACACACCAGUGAUCGAAACAGAGGAAUCAGAAGCAAUUGAAGACGAGGAUAAGAUGGACGGCCCGGGUGAAGCUGUCGAAGAUGGACCAACACCAACUGAUCGCGAGCAAGCUCAAAAGCUUUUCGAUAGUCAAGACCAGGUUGUGGGCAACGAGCCCGCAGCUGCUUGGCUAGGUGACCCUGAUCGGGCUACAGUUCGGGAAGCUUACAUGCGACUGUUCAAUUGGUCUAAUCUAAACAUUCUGGCUGCUCUCCGAAGCCUCUGCCAACGCUUGGUGUUGAAGGGUGAAACUCAGCAAGUGGAUCGUGUUUUGGAUGCUUUCUCGUGCCGAUGGUGCGAUUGUAAUCCAAGUCACGGCUUUAAAGCUACUGAUGUUGUUCAUACGAUCUGUUACUCCAUUCUUCUCCUGAACACUGACCUGCACUUGGCCGACAUCGAUCAGAAAAUGACCAAAACGCAAUUUAUACGAAACACGAUGCCCACGAUCCAUCGGGUAGCCAUGGACGCAGCGCCAGAAGGGUUUGAAACAUUGCGCCCCGGUCACCGAUCCAAGAAUGCACCUACUGGCUCGGAUUCAACGCCCUCAGCGCCAAGCUCUGCUCAUUCGCCAACGUUUCCCGGCGAUAUUCACCGUAGCUCCAUGGAUGAUGCGGAUCCAUUGGUGAAUAAUCCAUUCAUUGGAACUGUCAGGGCCUGGGAGCAACAGGUCGAAGCGGUUCUGAAGGAUUUCUACACCUCCAUCGCAAGGGAGAGGCUGCCUCUCCACGGCGCCCAGCCAGAGAAGGAGGUUUCUCGCAUGACUUCUAGUAAUUUCCUCGGUCCCGCCACAAGCACUCUUCGUAGGAGUCCCAGCACCAUCAGCAAGAGCGGCUCGGACAUCUUUCCCCGUGGCCGAUCAUCUGAUUCUCGCCAUGGAGCUGCGAGAUGGUCGUCCAAGCCUCGUUCCCGUGGAGCGAGACUCUACCCUCCCUCCAUGAUGGGUUCCAGCCGGACAAGCCUUGAUGAUCAGUCUUCUGUGUGGAGUCCCACUGCAUCGAGCACCUGGAGCAAGUACUCGUUGGGUAAAUUUACGUCUGCCUCGGUGGACUCCUUUGGAUCCGACUUCCCUCGGGGAGAAUACCAGCAAUCCAUUGGUUUCGCUAAUGCGUUGAGUCAAGCGAUCAUUCGCGAAGAUUCUGCAACCUCAAUCUACAGCUUUGAUGAACCGGAGCGAACUACUCCUCUUCUCGAAGACGAAACCCUGGCCUUAGCCGGUGCUCCUUGGGCCAAGGAAGGAAGUGUCAAGCAUAAGCACCACUUGGAUGCAGUGGACAAGCGCGCCAAAGAUCGCAACUGGAACGAAUGCUUUGCUGUCAUUCAACAGGGUUGGAUGCGCCUGUUUUCGUUCACAAACGCAUCCAAGUCCAUGCGCCAGAAAGCCAAGCAACCUGGAGGUGUUGUGGUCGGCGGUGGCAACUGGACGGAAAAUGCAGAAGAGGUUUGGAAGUUCAUGCUUCGCCAGACGAUUGCCAGUGCUCUUCCGCCCCCGGGAUAUUCCAAAUCUCGCCCUCAUGUUUGGGCCUUGAGUUUGCCCACUGGUGCAGUCCAUCUCUUUCAGGCUGGUACGCCCGAGAUCGUGCGUGAGUUCGUCUCCACAGCAAACUACUGGAGUGCACGUCUUUCCAAGGAGCCUCUGAUGGGAGGAAUCAGCAACAUCGAAUACGGCUGGAGCGAUGCAGUCGUCAACAGUGCUCUGGUAGGUAUCGAGAACCGAUCUCCACCUCCUUCCUCUGGCGCACAUCGACCCAGCAUCCAGAGCUCGAUCCGAAGCUCUAUUGAUCAACAGAGCGUACGACCCAGACUGCCUGCGGAUCGGAUCAACAUCAGUGAUUGGAGUCCUCCGCAGCAGAGCAUGGCGGCCUCCAUGCUGACCGAGGAGGAUCAAAUGAAGCAGUUGCAGGCUUAUGUCAAGAAUGUCGAAGAUGACCUUUCGAGACACAAUGAGCUACGCUCUGCCAUGACACUGGCCUUUUCACCGCGCCAUCCUAACUCUGCGAAGGCGAUGGCCAACUGGGAGCGGAAGUCGUCGUACUUAUUGCGCGAAAUAGUCAAGUUCCGCACCUACAUCGACUCCCUCCGUAACGCAAUAAACCAGAAGGACAAAAUACACGCUUCGUCCAACAAUUACUAUGUUCCUCCUACCGACGACGAAACGAAACCGGAACAGGUUACCGCAAAUGCUUAA